UUUUCAAUUUUAGUCCGUCUGCCGAAGCUCGCGCAAACGAAUACUGCCGUCCACUUGUUCCCACGCSAUUACGCAUAUUUUCAUUGUUUUCGUGUCUCUGUUACAACGUGUGUAUCCUCGUAAUACUCAUGUCUUUGGAACGUGCAGUUCGCGCUAAACUCGCUUCCAAGCGAGACCCACAACAAGAGAAGGAAGCCCAGGAAUGGAUGGAAGCAGUAUUGGGAUAUAAAUUCCCCAAGAACUUCCCAUUGGAGGAAUACAUCAAGGACGGCCAAGUACUUUGCAAGCUCAUCAAUAUCAUCAGCCCAGGAAGUGUACCAAAAUUCAACACCACCGGAGGACAGUUCAAAAUGAUGGAAAACAUUAACCUUUUCCAAAAAGCCAUCAAAGCGUACGGAGUCGCCGACAUUGACGUUUUUCAGACCGUCGACCUGUGGGAAUGCAAAGACUUCUCUCAAGUGGUGAUGACACUGUUCKCUCUUGGCCGCGAGACAUACAGACACCCAGAAUGGAAGGGACCUUACUUGGGACCCAAACCYUCCGACGAGGCUAAACGAGAGUUCUCUGAGGAAACAUUGAAGGCUGGUCAAACCAUCAUCGGGCUGCAAGCUGGGCAAAACAAGGGCGCCACGCAAAACCAUCUGGACGUUUGCGAUGAAGAAAACGUAAUGAAAAAGUCGACGACUGUCGACAGGACUGCUUCUGUCUUUACAGUUGGCAYCCGAAUGAGAACAUUGUAG